CAACACUGUUGUUUGUCUGUGUUGUUUCUAAGCGCUCAUUCAUUCAGUUGGCUAGCAAGCUUCCGCCUGUUAGCUGAAAUCACAUUUUCUUCCGUAAAUAAUCCAAUGUUAGUGUUAAAUUAGUACUUAAAUUGCGCCAUGCUUUGAUUUGUAGUAAUUCAAGUUACUUCAGAACAAUGUGUGGUGGUCUUACCUCUGUGUUAGGUACGACGUUGGCGUUGUAUUGUUAUAAUUCACGGAGGACUAACGUUAGCUAAUAUAGCUAGCGGCUAACUGCGUUUACAAUGACGUUGGUCGCAUUUAUCAGACCCGAAUUUUAGCUUUCUCACACUGCGGUCUACUAAAGUUUUGUGAUUACUAUUUAGUAGUUAAUUGCGGUAUCUACUACGUUUUAGACAGAUUAAGUAAGACAAUAUACCUUACAUUUCCACAAGGUAAUCAUAGAGGAUAAUGGAUUCGCAUUCCCAAAAGUUAUUCCACAUUUCUUGAAGUAAAGGUAUAUUGUAGAAAAUAGUUUGGUGACCGCCAUUUAUUAUGAGACAACACAUUGUAACAGUUUCUUCAAUGCAUGUUUUCUUUUUUUCCAGGAAGACUGUUGAAACAUGUCCAUCGGUGUACCAAUCAAAGUCCUGCAUGAGGCAGAGGGCCACAUUGUGACCUGUGAGACCAACACUGGAGAGGUGUACAGGGGCAAGCUGAUCGAGGCUGAGGACAACAUGAACUGCCAGAUGUCCAAUAUAACAGUGACUUAUCGUGAUGGCCGGGUGGCACAACUGGAGCAAGUCUACAUCCGUGGCAGCAAGAUCCGCUUCCUGAUCUUACCCGACAUGUUAAAGAAUGCUCCGAUGUUAAAGAGUAUGAAGAACAAGAACCAGGGAUCCGGUGCAGGAAGGGGCAAGGCGGCUAUUCUCAAAGCGCAAGUGGCUGCAAGGGGCCGGGGCCGUGGUGGAAUGGGACGAGGCAACAUCUUCCAGAAGAGGCGAUAAUUGCUCCAGCUGUGUCAAGAUUGUUGCAUUGUAUAGUCUUCUGUUUUUAAUUGUGUUGUCUUUGGAUUGGAUAUCUUUUGUGUUUUUUGCAAUCCAUUUGCAGUUCAUUGCUUUGCUUUCAUUUUUUAUGAAAAUAAACAUAUUUCCAUUUGAA